AUGGGUCGAACAGCCUUCACUGUGGGGGCUUUGCUUCUGCUCUUGGGCACCCUGCUGUCUGCCACAGAAGGGAAGAAGAAAGGAUCUCAAGGCGCCAUUCCACCUCCUGAUAAGGACCAAUACAAUGAUUCAGAGCAGACUCAGACUCCCCAGCAGCCUGGAUCCAGGAACCGGGGGCGGGGGCAGGGCCGGGGCACCGCCAUGCCAGGGGAGGAGGUGCUGGAAUCCAGCCAGGAGGCACUGCACGUGACGGAGCGCAAAUACCUGAAGCGGGACUGGUGUAAGACGCAGCCUCUCAAGCAAACCAUCCACGAAGAGGGCUGCAACAGCCGCACCAUCAUCAACCGCUUUUGCUAUGGCCAGUGCAACUCCUUCUACAUCCCCAGGCACAUCCGCAAGGAGGAAGGCUCCUUUCAGUCAUGUUCCUUCUGCAAGCCCAAGAAAUUCACCACCAUGAUGGUCACGCUCAAUUGCCCUGAAUUGCAGCCACCCACCAAGAAGAAAAGGGUCACCCGGGUGAAGCAGUGUCGCUGCAUAUCUAUUGAUUUGGAUUAG